CCCGGUGCCUGCCUUCCGCCCGCAGAACCGUGGAGGCGGGCUCGCGCGCGCUGAGGUGGGCAUGCGCACGCAGGGAGUCUGGGUCGGGCGCGCGGCCGUUAGCGCGCGGCCGUUUUAACGACAGUUGGCAACGCUGAGGUCUCCGGGGCCCAUAGAGUCCGCAUGACCCAGCCCCCGUUAGCGCGCUCGCCUCCUUCGACGGCGCAGUCACCGCGCGGGGCGGCCGUCCGUGAAGAAGCUACCACGGCUUGUGUCAACGAAUAAAUCUCCCGGACAGCGGCGCCCUCGGCCACAGCUGGGUGGGCAGCCUGGGCUGGGAGCGGUGACUUCCGUGAGGAGCGAGAGGUGGAAGCAACCUCCAGCCUGGCCCCGCACCAGCUGCCCGGCGGGCAUGACCCGAGCCUGGUCUGGCAUGCGCGGAAUGCUGCUUGAGCCCCUCUUCUGGCUGUUACCUUCGGGGGACGGUUGUGGCCACACCGACACGUAUUUUCCAAAUAAAUCGUUUAUUCUGGCAGCGGCGGAGCCGAACACGUUACUAUAUUUUUAAUUUUCUCAGCAAGCAUUUAUUCAACACUUUUAUACAGUGGAACAACUUGUAAACGUUUUGAGCAAGCAUCCGCCUAGUUAGGAAGUCAAGGACUGAGCAACUUGCUUUUGCCACGUCCGUCCUCAACUGUUUUGAAGAUUGUCCCAUCUUGUAACUACCAGUGUGCACAGACUCCUACUCAAGUAACGUCGUGGUCCAGCGAUGCAAAGGACUGAAGUCUCAAGAAAAACUGCCAGAACUAAGAAGGUAACCCAGAGGAAGCUAUCUUCAGGUCCUGUUUGCUUGCUGUGCCUUCAAGAACCUGGUGACCCUGAAAAACUAGGAGACUUUCUUCAGAAAGACAGUCUUUGUGUGCACUAUUUCUGUCUUAUCCUAUCUAGCAAGUUGCCUCAGAAGGGCCAACCCAAGAAAGGUCUCCAUGGAUUUAUGCCUGAAGACAUCAAAAAGGAGGCAGCCCGGGCUUCUAAGAAGAUCUGCUUUGUGUGCAAGCAAAAGGGAGCUGCUAUCAAAUGCCAGAAUGAGCAGUGUGUCAAGAACUUCCAUCUGCCCUGUGGCCAAGAAAGGGGUUGCCUUUCGCAGUUUUUUGGAGAGUACAAAUCAUUUUGUGGAAAACAUCGCCCAACACAGGACAUCCAACAGGGGGGUCUGGAGGAGGAAAGCUGCAUCUUGUGUUGCGAAGACUUAUCCAGAAUAAGUGUUGAGAAUAUCCGGAGCCCAUGUUGUAAUCAAGCUAUCUACCACCGAAGGUGUAUCCAGAAAUAUGCCCACACAUCGGCCAAGCACUUCUUCAAGUGCCCCCAGUGUAACAACCGAGAAGAGUUUCCCCAGGAGAUGCUGAGAAUGGGGAUUCACAUUCCAGACAGAGAUGCUGCCUGGGAACUGGAGCCAGGGGCUUUCUCAGAGCUGUAUCAGCGCUAUCAACACUGUGAUGCCCCCAUCUGUCUGUAUGAACAAGGCAGGGACAGCUUCGAGGAUGAAGGGCGGUGGCGCCUCGUUCUAUGUGCUACAUGUGGAUCCCAUGGAACCCACCGAGACUGCUCCUCUCUUAGACCCAACAGCAAGAAAUGGGAGUGUAAUGAGUGUUCACUUGCUUCAACCAUGGAUUACAUAUCUGAAGACUUGGGUGACAUCCCCUGAUGUAGCAGUACCUUCCAUUCCCAGGAGCAUCACUUCAGGGCCACCAACCUGGAAGAGAGUCCAGGCUCUUCCUGGACUGAGUGGCUAUGCCCUUCCCCAUUAGAAAAGCCUGAGUCCUCUGGCGGCAGAAGGCGGCGCUCCUGGAGAUCCAAAGGAGUCAGGAUCUCUACGGGCUGCAAAAAGCCCAAGUAACAGCUUCAGAAGAGCUGCCGCCAGGGACAGUGGUUUGGAGAGGUAGCAUUUUGAAAGCUUGAGACAAAAGGGGCCAGCAGUGAGGUUAGUGGCCAGGUGAAGAGGUCUGGGGAGCCUGAGAGUAGAACUGACUCCAUAUGCCAACAACUGAGUGUAAGGGCACCUCUGCUCUUUCUCUUCACUUCUUUUCCUUUCUCACCAAGAUUCUUCCACUCUAGAUGGUUCUCAUGUGCCUCUUCCUGCUUUAGCCAUUUGUUAUCUACAAAUAAAGUUGUCUCUCCAGUGGUG